AAUGUGUUUCUACAGUCAUCCAACAUGGCGACGGCCAGGAGGCUGAAACGCGUGGUGGCUUCUCAGCCAGGUUUUCUAAAUUUAAAGUCCACUUCAGACGGUGAGGUUUCAGGCAGCAGCCGGAGAAAACGCGUGAACAAGAAUAAGAAAAAGAACUGGAACAAACACAGCGAUAUUACAGAUGUAGACGGGUUUUUGGAGGACGUCAGGCACCAGGAGAGGACCACAGGGGGUCUGCUGUCUGAGAAGUCUGACGACAGUUUGUUCUUUUUGGAUGUAAAACCAAAGAAAGCUGAACAGGAGGCAGCAGAGCCUGUCGAGGGGAAGAAGAGGAAAGGGAAAACACAGCGUCCUCUGAGGAUAGACCUAAUCCUGCAGCACGACUCCCUCGUUCCACCACCUAAAGAUGUGCUGGCCUAUCAGCAACCCAAUGCCAAGAAACUCCGUCGCAUCGCCCAGAAGGCCGAGCAGCUGGCAGCCAAAGGCGUGGUACCACGGAGGCAGAAACAGCUGUUAAACAGGCGGCCUGCCGAAAAGACGGCCAAGAAGGCUGUGACAGAGGCCAACAACAACCCAGAAAGAGAAUACUACGACAUAUGGGGACAAGAGUCCAAAGAUACAGCCGACCCCUGGUACCUUCAACAGACGGGCAAGAAGCUCGUCAAGCGUCCAGAGAAGCUGAAUGAGAAGCCGUCUGUGCUUCCUGCUGUGGAGGUGAUCGCUCCUGGAGGAUCCUACAACCCCGACUUCUUCUCCCAUCAGGCCCUGCUGAAGGACGCACAUGAGGUGGAAGUCAAGAAACAAAAAGAAGAAGACAAGAUAGAGAGACAGCUGGCUGUCAACAAGGAACACAUAGCAACAGAGGAGACCAUCUUCAAAGAACAGGUGGAGGGUCUGGUGGAGGAAGAGGAUGAAGGUGAAGAAGCAGCGGCUCCUAAUGAGGAAGAGGAGGGUGUGGCGGUGGGAGCAAUCGCACAGGCGGAGAAGAAAACUGAGAGACAGAGGAAGAAAGAGAGGGCAGAGAAAAUUAAGGAACAACGGCGACUGGCGAGCAAACGGCAGACUGACCAGCGGCAGCAGCUCUUCCAGCUGCGCUCCAUAAAGUCCUCCAUCAAAGAGCAGGAACAGAAGACCAAGGCCAAACAGACGCAGCGCAAGGCCAAGCAGGAGGCCCAGAAAGCUCAGCCCAGACGCCUCGGCAAACUCAAGUUUCAGGCUCAGGACAUGGAGGUUAAGUUGAGUGACGAGCUGGCCGGCUCCCUGCGACAACUCAAGCCAGAGGGCAGCGUCCUCAAGGACCGCUUCAAGAGUCUGCAGAAGAGGAACCUGAUCGAACCCAGAGAAAGAGCCAAGUUCAAGAGGCGACUCAAGCUGAAAUAUGUGGAGAAGAGGGCUUUUAGAGAGAUCACUUAGUGCUGACCCUGGACCACAGGAACCGAACACAAGACGCCUGGAAGCAUUUUAAAGCCACAAACGCAACAUAAUGGAACUGUGUAUAUACGACUUGAUGAGCGUUGAGGGCCUGUUUGACCCUUUCAGACCAUUUACAACUGUUAACUAAUUAAUAUGUCACAUCAAUUAUAUAAAAACAUAUUUGAAAUGUG